AUGAUGGGCUGCAAGUCCAACUCGCUGACUUGUCUGCAAGGAGGGAAGCCAGCGCUGCCUCUGGCCGCCACCACGGACUCCACGGCUACGCUCAAUAAGCUGGCUCUGGCCACGGGGGGCACGGAGAAAUCCUGGUACCGGUGCAUUUUCCCCUUCGGCAUCGUCGCCCUGGUCAUCGGCGUCGCAGCGACGUGCAUCACCUUCAUCAUCAAUGGGCCGCAGAUGGACAUCGCCAAGGCGGUCUCGGUGGCCACCCUGAUGUUCGGAGUGGGCUUGCUGGUGGCCGCUUACAUCUGCUGGCGGGCCAAGCGGGAAAGGCAGAGGCAGCGGCAGCGAGAGGAGCCUCUCCCCUUAGAGCAGGGAGCCCUAUGA